AUGGCUGCGCAGGAAGUCCCUCCCACCUUCAAGCUGGUGCUUGUCGGUGAUGGUGGUACCGGAAAGACCACCUUCGUCAAGCGUCACCUGACUGGUGAGUUCGAGAAGAAGUACAUGGCCACCCUCGGUGUCGAGGUCCACCCUCUCGACUUCACCACCAACUACGGCCAGAUCCGCUUCGAUGUUUGGGAUACCGCUGGUCAGGAGAAGUUCGGUGGUCUCCGUGACGGUUACUACAUCAACGGCCAGUGCGGUAUCAUCAUGUUCGAUGUCACCUCCCGCAUCACCUACAAGAACGUCCCCAACUGGCACCGUGAUCUCGUCCGAGUUUGCGAGAACAUCCCUAUUGUUCUCUGCGGUAACAAGGUCGAUGUGAAGGAGCGCAAGGUCAAGGCCAAGACCAUCACUUUCCACCGCAAGAAGAACCUCCAGUACUACGACAUCUCUGCUAAGUCCAACUACAACUUCGAGAAGCCUUUCCUCUGGCUCGCCCGUAAGCUUGUCGGCAACCCUCAGCUUGAGUUUGUUGCUGCCCCUGCCCUUGCUCCCCCCACCGCUACCGUCGACACCGCUCUUCUCAAGCAGUACGAGGAGGAGAUGAACGAGGCCGCCAACAAGCCCCUUCCUGGUGAGCUUUCCGACGAUGACCUGUAA